AUGGGACUGUUGACCACCGCAGCCUUCUGUGAUGACAAACGGAAAGAAGUCGAUCUGCUGUGGGAAGACGGCAGUCUUGAACAUGAGUUCUUAAUCCGUCAAGCCACAACUAUUAAUGUAAAUGCAGCCACACAGCUUUUAACUGUUACAUUAGUCGCAAUACAAGACACUAGUGAAAGGUUACGGGAUGCAAUAACCAAGGAAAUUUGUCUGGUGAAACAAGCUGUAGAAUGGGGAGAAGACGGAACUCCCCCACAUCAUUGGGAACAGUUGGUUGCUGUUAGAGGAUCAUUGUGUGAUUUAAAACAUAACUUAACCACUUUGUUUAGUUACAUGGAUUAUGCAGAAAAAUUAGCAACAGUUGCCGCAGAAAUAUCAUAUUUAUCAGGCAAUAUUGCUGCAUCAGAUGCUAUUUGCGAAAGAAUAGAUCAUGCAUGCAGGACGUGCAAUGUGCAGAAACAGCUCACACAUGACCUGCAGCAGGAGAGCUUGGAGCUGCAACAGCAGGCCAUCAUCAACUCCCCUCAACUUCAGGAUAAGCUGAAGGACGAUAUUAAAUCUGAAAGAAAGCUGAAAUAA